AAGGCAAGAAAAAAUAAAAAGCCAUUGAUGAAUCAAAUGGAGGGACAGGGAGGUGCUUUGUUACUGGAUGGGGUGCGCAGAGGAGGUAUAAAAGCACUCCUGUCCUAGAACGCCUCAUACUUUCCUUGCCUCUUUCCUGCACGAGCAUCUCAGGUCACCUCAAAACACAACAAUGUGCUCCCGACAAGAGAAGGACCACUGCCACACGCAGGAGCACUACACCCGCCACACUAGUGGCGGCUGCCACAGCAGCGGCAGUGGUGGCUGUCACAGCUCCAGUGGCAGUGGUGGCUGUCACAGCUCCGGUGGUGGCUGCCACAGCUCCAGCGGCAGCGGCGGUUGUCACAGCUCCGGUGGUGGUGGCUGUCACAGCUCCGGCGGCGGUUGUCACAGCUCCGGUGGCAGUGGUGGCUGCCACAGCUCCGGUGGUGGCUGCCAUGGGAUGCCACAGGUCCCAUGCCAGCAGCAACAGCAGCAGCAGCAGAUCCACCAGGUGCCUUCACAGAAGAUGAAGUGAGAGGAUGUCCUGCACGCCCUGGCUCCAGCAGCAGAGGCCACACAUGGAUCAGCUCCCUCCAUCCUCCCCAAAGCUUUGCAAGCCCCAGAGCUGCCAGGCUGCAAACCCUGUCCUCUGCCUUCCAGGACCAUCACUUCAUGGGGAAGGGCCAUCACUUGUGGUUUCCUGCUGUGCUUUGGCCCAAUGAGGUUCUCAUGAUACAAUAAAGCAUUAAAUUCCUAA